GGAUUAUCUUAGUGGAUUAUUUCAGCGGAGGGGACGAUAUUGCCACCACCCGUCCCCGCCCGACGCAUUCCUCCCUUCAGUCGAAAGGUUGUCUCCGCCACGGCCGCACUCGUAUUUCCGCAGCAAUCUCCGCCGUCGCCAUGCAGAAGAUGAACUUGUGUCACGUCCUCCUUCUCCUCGGGGCAGUCGUGGGUGUGGCCCGGGCACAGUUCGGAUCACUGAACUGGGGCGCCACAUCGAACAUAGGCCCCCCCUCUCGCCCCCACCAUCAAAACGCUCCUCCCCCCGGAGGUGGGGGUGGUGGGCCUCCUCCGCCCUAUGGGAAACCUCCACCACGUCCGUUCGCCCGUCCCCCGCCGGGAGGUCCGCCCGGUGGUGGUGGUCCCCCGGGGGGCGAACCCUCCCGCGGUGACCCGUACUCGGACCAUGUGGACCCCAUUCCCCCCAUGGCGGAUGGCGACGGGUCCUACGACACGCAGCAACUACCCGCCAAACUCCCCAUCCUGGCGCCCAACGGCGUCGUGGAGAUCUACAACCGCGUGGUGGACGACCUCAUUCGCAAAUUGGAGGGGGACCUCGUCCGCAAAGAGUUGGACCCCAUGUAUGUCGUUAUUCGGCCCACGCCUCCCGGACCAGUCAGGGUACCCGGGUAUUUGCAGAAGAGACCGUUCCGAAGACCGGGAGCGGCGUUGUACAGAUCGACGUCUCCUGUGGGUCAGGGUCCGACCACUUUGAAGAAGAGGAAAACCGCUCGUGCCGGCGUCCUCCCACCGGAAACCCGAUUCGGCGACACGGCCCGACCCGACGCUUCGGGCGAUGCGGGAUUUCGCGGUGCCGGGAAAAUCAGUAAAGGUCCCAUCGUCGUGGACUCGUCGGGGGAUGAUGAUGAAAAAGAGCUGCUCGAAACGACUUCUGCGGCGACGACGACGACGACGGCGGCAGUCUCUUCCACGGCGUCGUCCGCGGCGUCGGAAGGCAGCGACGCGGGGACGGACGCACUUCCGUCCAUCUCGAUCUCGUCGGAGGAGCGGGGAUCAUCGGAGGAGGACACCUUCAUGAAGCCACGCAGCGACGAGUUCUUCCCAGAACCCGAGGAGGAAGAGGAGGACGACACGGCCCCCAAGAAAAAGGAGAAGAAGGAGAGUCCGUCGGAGGAGGUGGAGGAGGAGCAGGUGUCGGAGGACAAGGGGAACCCCGACGUGGACUCGCUCAUCCAGCACUACCAGUCCAAAAACUCUAAGACCAAGGACAAGUACGCCGGAAAGAAGAAGGGCGCCGCCAAACCCGUCGUCAUCGACCCGGCCUCCGACGAUGAGCCCACUUCCGCCGAAAAGGGGGACGAUAAGAAAUCUGCCAAAGAACGUAAGGGGACGAAGAGCAGUGGGAACAAGAAGAAGACGAAGAAGCCGCCCACGGACAAGGACUCGGAGGAGGACGACGACGACGAGGAUGACGAGCCCGAGCUGAGGGACGACUCGCACCACGACGACGAGGAGUUUGACGGCCCCCCGGAAGCGGGGACGGGGGGAGGGAAACGCCCGAACGGGGGUUUCUACCCGCCCGGUGGACCACCCGCCAUUCCAGCCAAGCCCAACGCGGAACUCUCCGGUUUGGGCAGGAUCCGCAGAGCCAGCGAUGUUUCCGUCUCUGUCGAUGCGAGAAGUGCCGUCAUCACGGCCAGACUGCUGGUGGGUCCAAUCCACGUGGUGAUAAAUGACUCGAUCGAGCCCAUGGAGAAGAACGUGAAGGCCACGAUUCCCGAGCUGGAGGCGGAGCUUCUGUUGAUGGAGCGCCACGGCGUCGUUUUCCUGCAGCGCUUCACCCUCGACCGCGCCUACGGACAGGACGUCGAAAUCUCCAUCCCCAAAAGCAAGGACAGCAAGAACAAGAAGAACAAGAACCAACAGCAAUCCGGCGCCAACAAUGACCCCAAUCACCCCAUGAACGUGGAGGCGCGGCGACAAACCAAGAUGGCCGCGCACAUCUCCAUGGAAGUCGUGAAGCUGCUGCGGUCCGGGAAUCUGCGCGUGAACUUGAUGCGCACCGCGCAGGGGGCCAUGUCCAAAUUGAAGUUGCCGAUUAAGAAGGCGAAAGGGGGGAAUAAAAGUGGGGGUGGGGGGAAGAAGGCGAAUAAGGGGAGUAAGAAAGAUAAGGUCAAGAAGUCGAGUUCUAAUACGAGCCAGGAGUGAUAAGUAGUUAAUUAAAUAUUUAAUUAGAUAAGCAUUUAAGGAAGUGAUGGGAGAAAUGAUCGCAGUUAAAAGUUUCUGAAGAAAUUGUUAAUUAUUUAUUUAUUUAUGAAAUUCGGAACGUUGGAGUGCAUGGUCGGGAAUAAAUUAUUUCGGGUUUUGUAUGAAAAAGUGAA